GCUGUGUGAUUUCGAAAACAAAAUUUACUGUUUGACUUGUGACAAGAUGGUACCACUUGGAUGUUUUGAGAGCCACAUGCAUUUGGUGCACAUGCCUAAUGUAUCAACCAUGUCCGUUGAAGUGAAAGUAUUCGAGUGUAAAUUGUGCCACGGGCAAGAUAUUCAAGAGGAAGGCUUGAAUGAGCAUCAUUUCAAUAUGCAUCAGGAUGUUCUCUUUGAUACAAAGAUGUUUCGAGAACAAAAACGGAAACGGGUUCAGUGCAUGAUUUGCAGACAACUGUUGGAGGAAAUACAUCAAGAGAACCACAUGCAGAUGCACCACGAAAUAGCGAUUGCAGUGAGUACGUCAACAAAUGGCAACCAAAAUAAUCCAUUGAAGGCGAACACUAGCAAAAAGUAUGAAUUGAUUGUGCUCAAACCAUUCAAUUGCAUGGUCUGUGGUGUAAGAAACCUUAGAGGGUACAACAGUAAUGAUUUCAAUCCAUCAAAUGAGACAUGUUCACCGGAUCUUUGUGCUACUUGCCGAAAAAAGCAGCCAUUGGAAAAGGAAAAGUUGCCAAAACCACCGUUCGAAAUGGUUGAUCAUGAUUUCGCUUUGGUACAUAAGGAAACUAUCAAAUAUUACCGAUGCAAACUCUGCCAUAGCAGUGGAAUCACUGAAGACCAGUUCAGCGAACACCAUUCCGAAAACCACGGCUUCGCUUAUUUAAUGUCUCAAAAUACUUUCCAAAUGAUCGAGGCCAAAGUGAAUGGGCAAUGUUCCGUUUGCAGUCAACGUUUCGAUGAAGAACAAUUCAUUGAACAUUUGCAACAAGUUCAUCUACAAGCAUUGGUAUCUUCAAAAAUCAACUCGUCAAACUCCGGCCGAUAUGUGACCUUAAAAGCCAGUUGUAUGGAUGAAUCAAUUUCAUCAGGAAGCGGUGAUUUAAUGAACAUCAGCGAUAUGCAGAAAAAGAGCAAUAAACACAACAACAAUUCGUGUAAAUCAAAGUUGAUGCCCAAAAAUGAGGUGAUGAAGGUCAUUCCGGGCAAGCAGAAGGCGUCUGCGCAAAAGGACAUUUUUCAACUCGAAGAUUCACCCCAAAAUACAUCUCUUUUACAUUUGGGUCGUGAAUAUUGA